AUGAAUCACAUGAUUCAGUAUUACCUCCCUGUUCUAUUGCUUACAGUAGGACUGGUAGUCUGCUUACUAUUUGUUGUGGCGAAUGCCGUGCCUUUUGGCCAAUACUUAGGGUCUGAGUCCAGCUUUAAUGGUACGAAUUGGGCGGUGUUAUGCGCUGGUAGUAAUACCUGGGAUAACUACAGGCACCAGGCUGAUUUAUACCAUGCGUACCAAGUGAUCAAAGCCCACGGUAUACCUGAGGACAACAUAAUUGUCAUGCAUUUCGACGAUAUCGCCAAUAAUAAGGAGAACCCCACGCCUGGGGUUGUCAUCAACAAACCCAAAGGUCCAGACGUCUAUAAGGGUGUUCCCAAACAUUAUACCGGCAAUGAUGUCACUCCACAGAACUUUUUGGGUGUUCUUCGAGGCGAUGAACUGUUGGCCAGAGAUGGCAAGAAAGUGCUGAAGAGUGGACCCAAUGAUCAUGUGUUCGUCUAUUUCGUCGAUCAUGGAUCCCCGGACCUGAUCCAGUUCCCCAAGACCUACCUGCACGGUGAGGAAUUAGCUAAAGAGUUGAUUGCAAUGCACAAAAAUAAUAAAUUCGCCAAGCUCGUAUUUUAUAUCGAGGCCUGUUAUUCCGGCUCGAUGUUUGAGACACUUUUGCCCAAAGAUAUCAACGUCUAUGUGGCCACCAGUUCUGGACCCAAUGAGUCGAGCUACCUGUGCUGGGAUGUCCCUAAGCUAGGAUAUUUGUCCGACCCCUACACAGCCGCCUGGCUCUACAACAGUGAGCACAAGGAUCUGACAAAAGAGACUCUUCAGGAUCAGUACAACUUCAUCGCCGAUGUCAUCAAUAAAUCUGACGAACAUGAUGAACAACACUCCCACCAAUAUGGAGACCUAUCCAUCGCUAAGCUUCCGGUAGUCCUACCGGCGCCCACACCCGUGUCCAACGAGAACUGCAAAGCCAUUCCCUCGGAUGAGGCGGUCAUUCAUUUAAUACAAAAACGAAUUGAAGCCACGAAUGAUGUCCACGAGAAGCACAGUCUUCUCAAACAAUUGAGUGAAAUAUUAAAGGGCCGACAGUUUGUCAAUAACUUUCUCAACCAAUACGUCGAUAGCAUCAAACACUUGACACAUAUGGACACCAAUGCUAUACUAACCACCAAACAGGACCUCACAAACAGACCCUGUUAUAGACGAUUUGUGGACACUUUCCAUCAAAAGUGUUUUAAUAUUAAUCAGCACACGUAUGCCUUCAACAAAUUGAAUACAUUUGUCAAUAUAUGCCAACAAUUGACUGAUUCAAAUGAUGUUACCAUUGCUGUCGAGCACCUGGAGAUGUCCUGUACCAAAUUGGGAACUAGGCAGGCUCAUUUUGAGGCCAUUCUCUAAUUUAAACACUCUGUAAAAUUUUAAUGUAAAUUACUUUAACGUAAUUGUAAUUAUUAAAUAAAAAUUUGAUUUAACUUAAAUA